AAGUUGAGGCAACACCAUUCUAAUGCCAGCAAUUUGACAUGAAGGAAUAAUUGCCAAUUUCCCACUUGUAGUCCUACCUACUUGAUGAGAAUUAUAUGUAAAUAAAGGAAGGUCUGUUUAACACAGCUCAUGAUUCAAAUGCACACCCAUUUUCCUUGGUCGCUGCAGUCCAUAUAUUUAUUUGCCAAGGCUCUAUCACCAGAAUUAUGGUGUGUGUUCUGUAUCAUGGGACCACCUGCGAGCACACAUUAGAGCACACAUUAGAACUAUACAUCUAUGACCUCACAAUUUCAAGCUUGGGUAAAGAUAAGUAGAGGUGCAUGUCAUAGACUUGCUAUAGCUAAAGGCAAUGGUAGGAAUUUAACAAGAAACCUGGACUCUUGUCUAACAUGAAUACUCAUUCCUUCCAUGGCUGCCGCAUCAAAAGUUAACAAGUAAUCUGCCACACUAAGUAGCAAUCAUCUGCCAAACCACAGUCAUCACAUCAAUCAGUGUAAUGAUUAUGAGAAGCCAAAUGUUUUCCUGAUAGGCUUUGACACAAUACUGAGGCCUUAUCAGCCACAGAUCUUGUAAGGACACUUCCUUCUUUCUACUACGUCUUCUACUUCCUUCUUUCUACUAAGCCAAAAAAGAAGUCUUUCCAGCAUAAACUACUUAAAAAACACAAGAUGAAUAUUGAAUUAAAGCAAUUAAAUCUGCAUCAUGCAAUAUCCCAAUGAAGACUAAGAUCAAAUACUAAUCCUAUUUCUAGAUUUUUUUUCACAUCUUUGAGUUCUGAAAAUGGAAACAGCAACAACUCUGGAGGUCAUAGAGGAAUGUGCAGUACCAGUUAAUAGUUUUGAUAAGUAUUUCGAGAAGGCAUUGGAAGAUUCUAAGGCUGAAGUGAAGGAAGAAGAUUGUUCCGCUCAAUCCAGUGUCCUCUACAUUGGAAACCUGAACCCCAAGUAUUCCCGUGAAGUUCUCUGCAGCAUGCUGAAGGAUAUCCUUGGCAUGGCCGGUGUCACUCUUCAGAGACACCACAUUGAAGUAGUAAAGAAACGCAAGCAGGCAUAUGCCUUUAUCCAGGUGGCAAAAGAAAGCGACUCUGCCGGGAGCUGCUCCGAGUAUCCUUUGGGAGGCCCACAAGUACCUGAGAAAAGCAGAAAGGGGCUAUCAAAUGAAACCCGAAUUAACGCUAUUAGAAAAUCUACUCCAUACCCUUGGAAACUAGUAGACCGACCCAUGAAGUUCUUAAGCGGCACUCGUUCAGACAGUGUCAUUGUCCAGAGAGAAAUUGUGGGCAAAGAGUGCCUGUUCUAUGGAGCUUUCAUGGGUAACGAGACCCGGAAUAUGGAAUUUAAGCGUGGCGGUGGUGACUAUCUGACAGUAACCUUGAAGCAUCACGUGCGGAAGUAUGCAUGCGCUUUCCUUAACAGUGAAGGAGGCAGUCUUUUUGUGGGAGUGGAAGAUAAUGGCCUAGUACGUGGAGUCAGGUGUGACCACAAAGAGGAAGACCGAGUUCGCCUGCUCAUUGACUCUGUCUUGAAAGGCUUCAAGCCUCAAGUUUUCCCAGCUGUCUACACAUUAAGUUUCAUCCCAGUUAUCAAAGCUGAAGACACUGGCAUCUUCCUGAAAGUUAUCCAGCUAAAAAUUCAUCCUCCCAAACCACACAGUGAACUUUUUCUUUAUGAAACAGAUCAAGGGGAAGUAUACCUGCGACGAGAUGGCAGCAUUCAGGGCCCACUCACUGGGAGUGCCAUCCAGGAGUGGUGUCGGCAGAAAUGGACAGAAGAGAUCAAGAAACUGGAAAUGAAAAUAGAAAGCUUGAUGGAAGAGAAAGAAACUCUGGAGCAGCACAAACAGCAAAAUGCCAGCUCUUCAUGUUGUGUCCUCAUGUGACAGAGAAGCAGUAUCACUAGAAAUAUCAUCAGACAUUGGGAAUAUCAAUAUUCACCAGUAUAAAACAAAAGUAGUCCAAUAAAGAGCUUGAGUCUAA